GAACACCCACCACUACCUUCCUACCUCGCAUUUAUUAUUCCCAAUUUCCCAUUUACUUUCUUUCGUUCGUUCUUACAAUCCGACGAAACUUUUAACGCCUUUCAUCCUAUUCUCGGUUGCCCCUUCCCCCAAUUCAGUGCUUUACUCUGUUGUUCUUCACUCAAAUUAACAACCCAUUUCCAAGAUUCUUCAACUAACACCAAUCGUUUCUUGGGAUUUGGUCCAUUUCUUGUAGAAACUUGGAAUUUGGUGGUGAUUUUUAUAUGGGUUUAAUGGAUUUUCCGUUCUACAUAUACCCUUUUCUUUCUUUAUUCCAAUUCGUCGCGGUUGGUUGGCCGCUACCUGCUUUCUGGAUUGCUUGUUCCCCGGUUUCUAGCAUUUCUAAACUAGUUUGCUUCAACUUCAUCGUUUCAGAUCGCUUCUAAUUUCUGAAUCCGGCGAGAGAAUUUGAGUUUAAGCUUGAAUUUCUGUGUUCUUCGUUUCUUCUAGGAUUCUUCUGGUUUAGGUAGUUUUAUCUGGGUUUGAUUCGGAGAAGGGAUGGGAACGAGCGGUUUUGGUAGUGGUUUUCAGGUCAUUGUAUGGUUGACUGUUCUUCUCCGUCGGUUUGGGCCUUGCUCCGGUGGUUUACAGAGCGUGGGGCAGAUUUCUCCCGGGCUUCAAGGAACUCAGAUGAACUGGGUCGAUCACGACGGGGUGUUUCUUCGAUCUAACAACUCUGAAUUCGGGUUUGGAUUCACUAAUCCAGGGGAAGUAACGCAGUAUUUUCUAGCAAUUAUUCACUUAAGCAGCCGGAAAAUCGUCUGGACUGCGAAUCAGCUCUCUCCGGUUUCGACUUCUGAUAAAUUCGUGUUUGAAGAGGGAGGUAAUGUGGUUUUAUACAAGGAAAACAAUGUGGUUUGGUCGACGAACACCACGAACAGAGGAGUCUCUGUUCUUGCGUUAAUGGAUUCUGGAAACUUGGCUUUGCUUGGAAAUGAUAGUUCGAUGAUUUGGGAGAGUUUCGCCCAUCCGACUGAUACUCUUUUGUCGAAUCAGGGUUUCGUUGAGGGUAUGCGGCUUGUAAGUAAGCCCGAUCAGAAUAAUUUAACCUAUGUUCUUGAAUUGAAAUCGGGAGAUAUGAUUUUAUCUGCAGGAUUCAAAUCCCCACAGCCGUAUUGGUCAAUGAGUAAAGAGAAUCGCAAAACGAUCAACAAAGAUGGUGGCUCUGUAAUCUCUGCAACACUCACAGCAAACUCGUGGAAUUUCCAUGGCGGAAAUAACGUUUUACUCUGGCAAUUUGCUUUCUCCACUAAUACUGACGCAAACGCUACAUGGAUGGCUGUUCUUGGCAGCGAUGGAUUCAUCUCGUUUUACAAACUUCAAAUGAGUGGAUCUGGUGAGGCUUCCUCCAUUCGAAUUCCUGAAGAUCCUUGUGGAACACCUCAACCAUGUGGCCCGAAUUUCAUUUGUUAUAGUGAAAAUAAAUGCCUCUGUCCUUCGAUUCUUGGCUCGCAACCGAAUUGCCAGACGGGAAUCACUGCGCCAUGUGACCAAUCGAUUGAAUCUACAGAGCUCGUGGAAUCUCAUGAUAAGAUUGGUUACUUCGCACUCCAAUUCUUGCAGCCGUCUGUAAAAACAGAUUUGGAGAAUUGCAAAUCCUCUUGUAGAACUAAUUGUUCUUGUAUUGCUCUGUUUUAUCAUAGUUCCGGGGAUUGUUUCUUGCUCGAUCAAAUUGGUGGAUUUCAAAACCCUAAGAAUUCCGAGUUCGUUUCGUUCAUCAAACUGUCGAGAAAUCAAGAAAACGGCGGAAAUGGAAGCGCUGAAAAGAAGCCAAUCCCUGCGAUUCUAGGUAUUGCCAUCUCGACUUUGAUUAUCAUUUCUGGUCUGAUUUACAUCGGAAUUCGCUACGUUAGAAAGAAGAACAAAUCUCCAGAAGCUCCGCAAGAGAGUUCAGAAGAAGAAAAUUUCCUAGAAGGCCUUUCCGGAGCUCCGAUUCGUUACAGCUACAAGGAUCUUCAAACGGCUACAGAUAAUUUCUUGGUGAAACUCGGACAAGGCGGAUUUGGCUCAGUUUACAGAGGAGUAUUACCAGAUGGAACUCGUUUGGCCGUGAAGAAACUGGAAGGAAUCGGCCAAGGAAAAAAGGAAUUUCGAGCCGAAGUCGGCAUAAUCGGCAGCAUUCAUCACAUCCAUUUGGUCAGAUUGAAGGGCUUCUGCGCCGAAGGAACCCAUCGCCUUCUUGCUUACGAGUUCAUGGCGAAUGGAUCACUUGACAAAUGGAUUUUCAAGAAGAACAGAGAAGAUUUCUCGCUUGAUUGGGAUACAAGAUUCAACAUAGCCGUGGGCACAGCCAAGGGUUUAGCGUAUCUUCAUGAAGACUGCGAUGCUAAAAUCGUCCAUUGUGAUAUCAAGCCAGAGAACGUCUUAUUAGACGACAAUUUCCAAGCCAAAGUCUCGGAUUUCGGGUUAGCUAAGCUGAUGAACCGCGAACAAAGCCAUGUGUUCACCACAUUGAGAGGAACCAGAGGCUAUCUCGCUCCGGAAUGGAUAACGAACUACGCGAUUUCAGAGAAGAGCGAUGUUUAUAGCUACGGAAUGGUGUUGCUAGAAAUCAUCGGCGGGAGGAAGAACUAUGACCCGACGGAGAGCUCGGAGAAAUCGCAUUUCCCGACCUAUGCUUUUAAGAUGAUGGAAGAAGGGAAAUUGAGGGCUGUUCUUGACGCUAAGUUGAACAUAAAUGAAAAUGAUGAGCGGGUGUUCGUAGCCAUUAAGGUUGCGCUGUGGUGCGUGCAGGAGGAUAUGCAGUUAAGGCCAUCGAUGGCGAGAGUGGUGCAAAUGCUUGAAGGGGUUAGCGCUGUGCCGCAGCCGCCAACUUCCUCGCCUCUGGGUUCUCGGCUGUUUUCUGGGUUUUUGAAGUCGAGUAGUGAGGAGUGGACUUCGUCGGGGCCAUCCGAUUGCAAUAGCGAUGCGUAUCUUUCGUCGGUGCAGCUAUCUGGUCCAAGAUAGCGAGCACGGCACUGGCUCGUAUACUAGCCUUUGUAUAAACUUACACUUAAUUUGUAGUUUUGUAAAGCCAACCUUUUUUGGGUAGUGAUUUAUACAACGUGAAUACAAUA